AUGCUGACAUCCUCUCUUUUCACGCUACUCGCCGCUAGUGCGUCCCUUGCUGCUCCCGUCCGUCGGGAUGUUGCCCUCGAUGCUGCUGCUACGGCCGAGGCCCAGCAACGCGAUAAUGGCGCGACCCGUGCUUUUACUGCUACGACAAUCACGACUUCUGACGGUCGCUGCCUCUCCGUCAACCCCUUCUCCGGUGACUUCCGCUCCAAUCUUACCCCUGUCACUGCGGUGGCUUGCAAUGGAUCGAAGAACCAGACCUGGGAUGUCAUCACCAAGGGCAAACAUAAUAACGUCGCCGGCCAGGCCCUCGUCGUCAGCAGCCUCACCAACGCCUGCCUCAACUUCGACGCCCGUAGAGCCGCUGGAAACCAGGUCCUUCUCUUCAGCUGCGGUGGGCGUGCCGACGGAGGAGGAGAGGUCACCAACUCCCAGCUCUUUGCUUUCAACGGCGGUGCUGGUCCCCAGGCCCUCGUACCCCAGAACGGAAACAACAAGGUCUGCUUGACCGUUAAGGGAAAUAACGUCGACCAAACUGCUUGCAACGGUGCUGGAUCUGCUUCUGGUCUCGAGCUCUUCACUUUCGGGGGCAAGGCUGCUGGUAAUGCGAACAAUGUGGCGACUGGAAAUGCCGCAGCUGCGACCGGUAAUGCCAACGCUGGCAAACAAGCAGGCAAGCAAACAGGCAAGAAAGCAGGCAAAAAAGCAGGCAAAAAAGCGGGCAAAAAAGGACGUAAGGGACGCAAGGGCAAGGGCAAGGGUAAAGGUGCUAAUGCGACGAAGAAGAACACGCAAGUUACUGGUACUGCCGGCGCUCCGGUUGUCGCCCCUCCUGCCGCCGCAACAACUCGCGCUGCCAACGUCGAGCCUACCAAGGCUACCCAGACCAACACUGGCCCCAUCAAGGUCUCUGGUGCCAAAGGUAUUCUUGAGCCUUCUGCUGUCGCUCAAAGCCAGGCCCGUGACGAUACCGCCAAGCGCGCUGCCACCGGUGUCCAGAUUAAAGACUCUACCGGGAAGUGUCUCAGCGUCGACAUUACCAAAGGAGACUUCCGCGAGAACCUGAUCCCCAUCGACAUGGCUGACUGCGACGGCUCUGAGGGCCAGAAGUGGGACUUCAUCACCUCUGGCAAGCACAACAACAACAAGGACAGCACCCUCAUCGUUUCCUCCCUCAUGAACGGAUGCCUCAACUUCGACGACCGCCGCGCUGCUGGUGACCAAGUCAUCAUGUUCUCUUGUGGUGGCCGCGCAGAUGGUGAAGGCCAAACCACCGACAGCCAACUGUUCCCCUUCACAGCCAACACCGAUCUCACCAAGCCCUAUGUUCUCUCCCCCAAGAACUCGAGGAACGGCCGCUGCCUUGUCAACGGUGGAAAGGGACGUCUCGAUAACGCUGCUUGUGAUGCUACCAAGCCUGCUGCCAACCAGCAAUUCACCAUUGUCGGUGCGGGUGCGGGUGCGGGUGCAGGUGCAGGUGCUGCCACCACCAAAGCAGCGGAGAACACUAAGGUUGCGACUACCACUCCCCCUCCGGCGCAAGCCACCAAGGGUACACAAACUACCACUGGCCCUAUCAAAGUCUCUGGUGCCAAGGGCAUCCUCGAGCCCUCUGCUGUCGCUCAAAGCCAGGCUCGUGACGAUACUGCCAAGCGCGCUGCGACCCGUGUCCAAAUUAAGAACUCUGCUGGAAAAUGCCUCGGUGUCGACAUCACCAAGGGUGACUUCCGCGAGAACUUGAUCCCCAUCGACAUCGCUGACUGCGACGGCUCUGAGGGCCAGAAGUGGGACUUCAUCACCUCCGGCAAGCAUAACAACAACAAGGACAGUACCCUCAUCGUCUCCUCUCUCAUGAACGGAUGCCUCAACUUCGACGACCGCCGUGCCGCUGGUGACCAAGUCAUCAUGUUCUCGUGUGGUGGUCGUGCCGAUGGUGAAGGCCAAACCACUGACAGCCAACUGUUCCCCUUCACGGCCAACACCGACCUCACCAAGCCUUACGUUCUCUCCCCCAAGAACUCCAAGAAUGGCCGCUGCCUCGUCGACGGCGGGAAAAGGAAGACUCGACAACGAGGCUUGCAACGCAUCCAAGCCCUCCGCUGCUGA